UAUUAUUUUUAAUAUCAAUAUCAAUGAUUCCUUUAUUUUGAAUUACACAAGACGAGGUGAUAACACGUAACAUAACAUAAUAAAUUAGUUAUGGAAAGUAAUGUCUCUAUACCAUCUGUUAAUUAUAACCCAUUUACUGUGGUCGGAUCUUGUAACCUAUGUACCAGAGAAUUAAAUAACGACGAAUUGAUAUUUACAAUAAUUAAGUGCGUCAAUUUUGCCGCGAUAAAACAUAAGGAUCAGCGAAGGUUGGAUGAAGAAGAAACACCAUAUAUAAAUCACCCAAUAGGUGUUGCAAAUAUUUUGAUCCAGGAAGGCCAAAUUCAUGAUCCUGUUACAAUUGUGGCAGCACUUUUACAUGAUACUGUAGAAGAUACAGCAACUACAUUUGAAGAAAUUGAAAAUGAGUUUGGCACUGAGGUUUGUAAUAUUGUUAGGGAAGUAACUGAUGACAAAAGUUUAGCAAAACAAGAGAGAAAGAAAUUACAAAUAAAGAAUGCCCCUAAGAAAAGUUAUAAAGCUAAGUUGGUUACACUAGCUGAUAAAUUAUACAAUUUGCGAGACCUUCAAAGAGCCAUACCAGUUGGCUGGUCACAAGAUAGGGUAAAAGAAUACUUCAAGUGGUCCAAAGCUGUAAUUGAUGGAUGUCGCAAAACUAAUUUUUCUCUAGAAAGGCAGCUAGAUCUAAUAUUUGCAGAAAGGAUAUCCCAAGAGAGAUACCAUUGUGCAUGUAAAAAACCAUUGAUGUCCUAA